UAAUAAUUAGUUGUUGAUUUCAGUUUAGUAUUUGUUGGUUAGAAUUGGUUGUCAGCGUCGAAUUUAUUCCUCGCGAUUUGCAUUGCACUUGUCGUUGCGCAUGGUUAGUCGAAAGGUCCCGAAUAUCAGCGUUUCCUCCCGAUUCUUUUUCAACAGGUGUUAGGCCCAUUGGAGUGACGGAGACAGCUGUUAGGUUUUUCACCAUUGGAGCGAGAGAGACGAGAGAUCGCGAAGAAGCCGGCCGGCGACCGUUUUUCCAAUUUUGCUGAGAUUCAGUUCCUUCACGGAAGCCUUUGAGAGCGAACUUAUGUUGCGACGAGAAAUUAGAUAAUUAAUCGAACGCAUUUAAUAAUUAAUAUUGUUAAUUAAAGUGAUUUAGAGUUAUAAUAAAGAGCGUAGAGACGUAGAAUUGUUUAUUUAAUUAUGUCAACCUAGUGUGAAGUCCUGGGGAUUACAAGCGGAGUUCGAGAGAAGCAGCGUCGUUGAUAUAUUUCUCAGCGUGGAUUGUUCGUUGAUGCCAGCUCGGAGAUCCUUAUCAGCGUCAGAAGGAAGAGAAUUGGAGAGGAAUCAUUUUCAGCGGAGUAAAAAGGCAGAUCGAAAGCAGAUGUGGAGGACUAGAGCUGCAACGAGAGGAAGAAGUGGGCGAAGCGGUGCGAGUGUGCACAAACCGUGGCCAGAGUUCCAGUCACCGAUCGAGGAGCCUGAUGAGUCGACCUUGAUGGUUCGCCGAGCUCUGAGAAGGAGUGAAGCACUGAAUCGUGUUGGUACCGAGAAUUUGCCUGCGAGGGAGAUGCCUACAAUUCGAGAGGCAGUAGUUCGACCUGAGUUCGUGGUCGAUGCAUUGAUCGAGGUGCGCAGACCGGAGGUGGAAGCGGUACCAGAGGUAAUAGUGUUACCAGAAGUGGAAAAGGUACCAAGAGUGGAACCAAAGCCAUCUACGAGUAAGGGAGCGAUACCUAAAACUGUCAGCGUGGAAGUUCGUCGUAAAAAGGGCGAGAGUAGAGAGUCUUGGGAGAGUCGACGUGCUGUGAUGGAGUUAGAAGCAAUGAUUUCACCGUCAGAACGAACCUUGGAGCAACUUAAACAGGAUCAGAAAAAGGAAAUUGAGUAUCGAAAUAAGAAACCUUUAAGUGCCUGGGAUUAUGUUGGAGGUACCAAGGACAAGGUCGUUCUUCCACGAUCGGCGGAGUUACCUCGAGAGAUACCGGCACAGCCGCGUUUUAUGAGCACGCAGCAAUCAGUCGAGGAAUUUAAGAGUGAAGGGGUUAGCCAGACGUCGGCUUGGCUGGGACUGAUACGCCCUGAGGAGACGCCUAAGCAGGAGUUUGGAUUACCGGUUAUCCGGGCAGGUAGGAUGUUCGGUGGCUUGGACAUCAUUCCUACAGACCCGAGAGUUGAUCCUCCUCCUGGUGUGUGUCAUAAUUGUUGGUGUCGUGGUCACGGAGUUAAUCGGUGCCGUGCGCCGCGAAUUGAGAUGUGCAAUAAUUGCGGCCGUCGUGAAGUGGUGUUGAUGAACUGCCCACGUUGCAGUCGAGUGCAUAAAUUAGAUAUGAGGCGGAAAUACGGCGAGGACAAGUAUUUUGCUCAUCGAGAAAAUCGAUCUCGAAAAUAUCAAAAUACUGGUGAUGUUCAUAAGAAUGAUGCCAGCAGUUAUCAGCGUUCGUCGGUGGGUUCGACAUCUAACGAUGCAAGGAAUGCAAUCGAAGCAGGGAGUUCGGUGCCAAAUUUUCAGCGUGAUAACGAUUUAGUCAUGGAGACUCAAUCACCAAGCUCACGAGAGGAGGAAUUUCCUGUUUUGUCGUUUCCACUUGGCAACGAGUUUGAGAUGGUUCUGAGUCAAGAAAGAGAUAUAACGAGUGAUCAACCAGCUCUGCGUGUUGAGUCACAUGUGUCAGCGUCCGAGAGGAAUAUUUUGGAGGAAUUACGUGAAUUAAAUGUUUUACUGCAAGGUGUGCCUGAAGAGCUUGCUCAGGAGGUUCGAGCACAAUUUUUGAAAGAGCGCACUGUGCGGAAAAGUCAACUUUAAUUUUAUUUGUUUGUUUUCUUUUCAUGCUCAGUGAGACUCGUGAUUCAGUUCCUUAUGAUUUGAGUUUAUGUAACACCACAGUAUUAUUAGUUAAGUGUUACCAUUUGGAGAUUAUUAUUUUUUGUAUUAUUUAGUUAAGUGAUUACAUGAAUGUGUUCGAUAGUUAUUCUUAAUUUUUGUUCAUGUAAUGAACUGAAUUUAUUGUUAUAGAAUAAAGAACAAUUUAUGUGUUACUGAUUAUUAUAUUUCUUGUUUUCGGCAAUAGUUAGGGAUUACUAUUGGCCUAGUGAGGGGAUUUGUAACGAUGAAUCUCGUUACUUAAAAUAAUAAUUAGUUGUUGAUUUCAGUUUAGUAUUUGUUGGUUAGAAUUGGUUGUCAGCGUCGAAUUUAUUCCUCGCGAUUUGCAUUGCACUUGUCGUUGCGCAUGGUUAGUCGAAAGGUCCCGAAUAUCAGCGUUUCCUCCCGAUUCUUUUUCAACAGGUGUUAGGCCCAUUGGAGUGACGGAGACAGCUGUUAGGUUUUUCACCAUUGGAGCGAGAGAGACGAGAGAUCGCGAAGAAGCCGGCCGGCGACCGUUUUUCCAAUUUUGCUGAGAUUCAGUUCCUUCACGGAAGCCUUUGAGAGCGAACUUAUGUUGCGACGAGAAAUUAGAUAAUUAAUCGAACGCAUUUAAUAAUUAAUAUUGUUAAUUAAAGUGAUUUAGAGUUAUAAUAAAGAGCGUAGAGACGUAGAAUUGUUUAUUUAAUUAUGUCAACCUAGUGUGAAGUCCUGGGGAUUACAAGCGGAGUUCGAGAGAAGCAGCGUCGUUGAUAUAUUUCUCAGCGUGGGUAAGUUUCGUUUUCAUUCUUCGAGGAUUGCUAAUCUCAACGUCGAGCAUCAGUCGUUGUCUCAAUUUGACUUUCCCCAGUGAGUGUUAAGAGAGUGUUAAGAGGAGUAUUGAGGGUUUAGCGAAUUAGUAGUAACCGAUAGAUGCAAGUUAUUCAAGUUAACAAAGUCGCGU